GGCUGGGACCGGGGCCGGAGCGGGGCUGGGACCGGGCGGCAGGACACCGGCGAGAUGUUUGCUGUGUGCCCGGCCAACGCCCCGUUCCGGCAGGGCCGGGGGGCCCCGGCGCUGGGCACGGCCAUCCCGGGGGCCGGGCACGGGCAGGACUCCAACUCCAACUUCGUGGGAGAGGUGUGUGACAGCAACGAGAACUGGAGCCGGCCAGCGCCGGGGUCCGCGCCGGAGGAGGGCUCCAGCCAGAGCGAAAACACCACAAAUCCGUCCGAUAAUCUGCUGUUAUUAAUGCAGAGACAGAUGGUCCAGGGCCGGCUUACGGACACCGCCCUGGGCCCGCGGGUCCCCGAGCAGGGGGUGCGUAGCCCCCCCGAGGGAGCAGAGGUCGGAGGGGCCGGGGGGCAAAACGCUGCCGAGGAGGCGACCGGGGGAUGUGUCAAAGCCCCGAGCUCCCCCGCAGAGGACAACGGCUACGCCAGCAGCUCCCUGAGCAUCGACAGCCCCGACAGCGCCUGCAGCAGCACCUGGGACCCUCCUGCCUCUGCCCCCAGAGCUGGGAGCCCCCCUGAGCCGGGCAUGGCCGAGCCCGAGCCGGGGCCCCUCUUGCCGGCGCUGGCAGAGGCUGUGCAGCACCUCCAGGACAAGGAGCGCUUCAAGGAGCAGGAGAAGGAGAAGCACCACAUCCAGCUGGUGAUGUACCGGCGCCUGGCCCUGCUGCGCUGGAUCCACGGCCUCCAGCAGAAAGUCGUGGACCAGCAGAACCGGUUGCAGGAGAGUUUCGACACCAUCCUGGAUAACCGCAAGGAGCUCAUCCGCUGCAUGCAGCAGGGCCCGGCCUGCCUGGCUGCCACAGCUGCCCCCGGCCCCUGAGAUGCCACCCCUGAGGUGCCACCCCUGCGGAACCCCCGGCACUGCCCGGCCCAGCCCUCACCCUCUGGCCGGUGUGGUGUUGGCUGGUGGCAUCUCCAUCCUGUGCAAAGCGCUCACCGGGCCCCUGGGUGCCCACCCUGCCCUUCUCAUCUCUCCCUAAUGCAACCAAGAGUCCUGAACACUCAUCUCCAUUUUCCCUCUGCGUGGGAAUUCACUUUGUCCUGUACCCCAUCCUGCUGGGCUGGGUCAACCUCAGGACCUUGGGGUUUGCCGAGCCCUGGGUGACCAGGCUCAUCUUUACAUCUAAUCUAGUCCUUUGUAUGAGCUCGGCUGAGCCCGUGCCAGGAUGGGCCUGUGUGGAAGCUGCAGGGCAGGGAGGGGCCUCAGGGCAGCGAAGCUUCUAAACCUACCUGGGCAAAGCACUUGGGCACCUGCUUCAUCCCCACAUCCCACCUGCACCGGAGUCUCACAGCCCAGCCACUGGGGAAUGUUGCUUGCUGGGGAGAGUGAGGUGUCCUGGGCUGUGUGAGAGAAAAAAGUCAUUCUGAAAAGCGACCUCAGAGUGUUGAAAAGUAAAUUUAAGUGUCAAAUAAUCCAAUGCCAAUGUAUGUUUUUAGUGUCAGUAUUAGAGAAGAGUUAAUUUAGGUCUGUGUGUGUGUGUGUGUGCAGGUCUGUCUGUCGCGGGCGAUGCUCUAACACUGCAUGAUCCCAAAGCUGCUCGUGAACUUGUGCUGUUGGUGUUCAUAUUAAUUUAUCAUUUGAGAGCAAAGAGAGUAUUUUUUUCUAAUUUGCAUUUUAUUCAGCAAGGACUGCAGGACCCAAAGAGCAGUUGUCUUAACUAGAGGUGGAAAAGGAGCUGCUGUGUGUGUUUGCUGUGCUUUGUUGUGUUUCCAUAGGACACACAUUCCUUUUAAGUGCUGAUGUGGAGGAGUGGCAGCAGGACAGCGAGGGUUGGGCUGGAGGGGAUCGUGCUCCCCUUCCUGCCCCACAGCACUGAUUCCAUUUCUCAUUGCAAAAGGAGGGUGAUGAGGGUUCCAGAGCUGCUGUGUCCCGCUGGCCAAACUGCUGCCAGCGGGUAAAGUGAGAAGAUCCACAAAACUCCACCUCCAAAAAUGACAUUUUGGUGGCAAAGGGGACACUCGGCUCAAAUCAACCCGUGCCAGCACUGCAGGAUUCCAGCAGCACCCACAAGGCUCGUGCUGCCCUCGCCGCCCUCCUGCUCACUCACGUCCAGCGCCUGCUGCCUCUGUCAUACCCCACACCCGUGAUCGUGGGCAUGUUGCACACCUUAAUAAAAGCCUUGCAGCUGAAGGAGCCAA